AUGGACGUGGGCCAGGCACAGUUGUCAGUCCCAUCCUUCUCUCCAGUUCCGCGGACAAAGACUUACACACUCCAUUGCAGCCGGCAACAAAUACAUACGCCUUCCUUCGCCCUCCAACCCAACACGACUAGGUUCACCACCAGAGACCAUCCGCCCCGCAGCACACCCAUUGUCACCAUGAACGGCAGCGAACUCCCCGUGACGUCUGAGGCCAUGUCACAGCCACAGUCAAUUGGCAUGUGGACAACUCCCGUAUCACAUGGCAUGCGACCUCGCCCAGCAACUAUCCACGAGGGCUUUUCCUUCCCCGUAGGCGAGGACUUUGGCGCACUCUCACCCUGGGACUCUUCGGCUCUUCCCUUUCAGACAACACCCAACGGUGUGAUUUCUCGCCCUGGGUCAGUCCACCAGCAACAGGACUUUUACCACGCCGCUUGUAAUCCAAUGGAUCAUGGAUGGCACCAAAAGGCGUGCCCCGAAAGCUACGAUAUUGAGGGACUGGAUCCAAGCCUGACCAUCGGCCAGGCCUUCACGACUGAUGAAGCCAUUCCCGUUCUUGAUUUGAGAUUUGCCAAUCACGCCAAAGACGGCGAGCCCCUCACCUUCGACAACGGUCCACGCCCAAGACGUAUGUCUGGCUCGUCAUUCACUAUGUCCACAUCGGGGGCAUUGUCUGACAUGCCCUCAUAUGACGACUUUUCUGCCGCUCUCUCUGAGGCGCCCUCCUUCAGCUCCGACUAUCCUCCGCUGUCGAAUCGUAAUUCCCUCAUGUCGUCGACCCAACUCUCCCCUGUUGCGUCCCCACGAAUGACUCCUCAGAGCAGGACGGAGCUUAACAAGCGGUGGUCGACAGGCACCUAUGGUACCACGCCCCAACGACGACCGUCGCCCUUUGUCUAUCACCCGGGGCAUGACGCCUUUGGUGCCCACCAGCGGCUGCCCUCGAGGAACGGCUCCCCGACGAUACAACACCAGCAUGUUCCCUUGAGCUUCAACAACCUACAAGCCGCUCAGCAGCAUCCUUUUCUGAUACCAGGACCUCCUCAGUAUCCGCAGAGCAACAUGUUCCUGCCCUCCCAGGUGCCGUCGCAGGGCUUUCAUCCUGAGCCUCAGCGAUUCGAACAACCGCCUCCCCUGAUGUCUCAUGGCCUCUUCCGUAUGCUAUCGAGCAACGCCGACCCGCAUGCCCUGCACGGUCACUAUGCUGACUUGUCCGAUCCUCCUGAUCUAUACGCCGCGCUACAUGAGGAACAGAUUCCUCCCCCGCCCGAGGACAUGAACCCAUCAGACCCUGACCUUGUGCCCCACGAGCAAGAGCUGCGAUUUGAGGGAGAUUUGUACACUCCCCGAUGGCCUGGUCGUUGGCUCGUCCUGAAGAACUCUGCAUUCUGGUAUGAUAAGUCCUUCACACACGGCAUCAGUGCGGCCACGGGUAGCCCUUUCCAGGAACCUCACGAAACCCGUCGCAUGGAUGGCAACCCGGAUGUCUGGGAAGGUCUCUGUGGCAGCUGCAACGAGUGGAUCGCUCUAGUGAGCAGCAAGAAGAAGGGGACUACGUGGUUUAGGCAUGCGUACAAGUGUCACACCCAUCCCAAGAUCAAGGAUGGCCCAAAGCGUCGGCGAGAAAGCAGCAACACGAGAGCCUUGGCGGCCUCGACGAUGGCAAGGCCCAAGUCGGAGUCGCAAACACAGGCACAAGCCCCUAUCACUCCACAAAUGACACCGGCGGCUCUCUCCACCACCAGCACGCCGACGCCGGCACAAAUGUCUCAACACGGGCUUUGCCAUCAUCCCCCACCCCCCAUGCUGCACGUGGGCCAAGAUCACAUGCAUAACAUGAUGUCCAGUCCAUUGGGCGGGAUCCCGAAUAUGAUCUGA